AAUGAUACACAUUAGUUAUGAACGAUUACCAGGUAUUAGGCAAUAAUUAAAAUGCGGUUCUUCCUUUUACUUUCCUUGAUUCACGUUGGACUACCGAGUCGGAUAUCAUUCACGGGAAAUGCUGAUAUUAGUUGUUGCACUGAACUUGAGAAGAAGCUUAAAGAAAUUGAUAGAAGAGUUGAAAUCAAUGCAUUGCAGACGACAAUUGUAACACUGGAAGAACGUAUUGCUAAUAUCGAAAAUGAAGAACCAAGAUCGUGUGGUAAGAAGAAUCUAGCAUUAAAUAAGAAGUGCGGACAAAGUUCAUUGUCUGGAUGUGGUUUUGCUGUUGAUGGGAAUGUCAAUUCCGUUAUACAUACAAACUAUUUCUUCAAGGAUAAUGCUUAUCACGGCGAAAGUAACCCGUAUUGGUGGGUUGAUAUUGGAAGCCGUUGUAUGGUAAAAUUGAUUAAAGUAUACACCAGGAUCGAUUGUUGUGGUGAAAGAUUCCGCAAUAUAGAAGUCACCAUGGGAAAGUCAUUAUCUAGUAUGCAGGUGUGUGGGUUUUAUAAAGGUCCAGCUGCAAAAGGAGAAAUAAUAUCUAUAUCUUGCAGAGAACCAAUCAUAGCACGCUAUGUCAAGGUGACGAUGAAGGACGAAAAUACAGAAAACACGAUACUUAAUUUUGCUGAAAUUCAAGUGUUCUCUUAGAAAAUAAAAAAAGUAUCUAAGACAUAGAAAUACA